AUGGAUGGAUGGAUGGAUGGAUGGAUGAUGCUGAGGAUGGACGGACGGACGGACGGAUGGAUGGGCGGACGGACGGAUGGAUGGAUGGAUGAUGCUGAGGAUGGACGGACGGACGGACGGAUGGAUGGUCGGACGGACUGAUGGAUGGAUGGAUGGAUGGAUGCUGAGGAUGGACGGACGGACGGACGGACGGACGGACAGACAGACAGAUGGUCGGAUGGAUGGAUGGAUGGAUGGAUGGAUGGACCAAUGGACAGAUGGAUGGAUGGAGGGAGGGAGGGAGGGAGGGAGGGAUGGACUGGUGCAUAGUUGAACGCUCCCCCGUCUUAGGCAGGAAAGUCACUAGCUCAGAAUAAUGAUAAGGUGAUUCAGAAUUUUCAGAUAGAAUUUCAUAUAAGAGGAUAGACUGUGGGUCUUUGAGAGAGAGGAGCUUAGUGUAAUGCACAUGUAGUAAUCUGAUAUGCUGCAGCAGCUGUUGGUCAACCAUCACAGGCACAGGCAGGUAUGGUGGGGCUCAAAGAGCUACGCUACGGGAGCGGAAUGCUUGCGUUCUUCUAUAGCCAUGAUACGUGGGGAAGUGAGCAGUGGCAACAGUUCUGUUCUGUCAUUCCAUCACUACGGACUAAUGUGCGGCUCUUGGUCUUCGUGAGCGAGUUCCAUGUGUGUCCUCUGUGGGAGGUAGAGUACUCCUUUGCAGUGCGACAGGUUGACGAUAAAAAGGAGGAUCUCCGUUAGAUGAAAGAGAUCCUAUCACAUAGCUGCUUGUGGUCGUGGACGGACUGGUAGAGAUAAUGUUGUUGGGAUUCCCGGUGUUCUUGUCGCAAUGAAGCUAUUUUUAGUUUUUUUUUCUCCAUGCAGGAGGAGAGGGGAAUUUGUAUGCCACUACCCUUAUCGGGUCGCUGUGGCAAGGACUGUGGAGAGUAGAGAGUAGUUGUGACCAUCUUUUCGGGUAGUCUGGGGACAGACGAACUUGACUCGUCAGUGUGCGUCAUGUAGCGCUAAAUCAAUUGUGUUUGAUGAUGGAUAAUGCCUGGCAAGUUGGCAACGGACUUUCCACAUUGCGACCAUGUUCAUUUGCAGUGAAGACGGGACUGCCUUUCAGGGGGAGGGCUACAAGGGUGCACCGUGAAGGUGGCUCACCGCGAUAUGCCUCAGCUGGCUGAGAAAGUGGACGAUACGCUCCCCUUCACUCUUAUGCGUUAUGGGCUUCCUCUCUUGCUACAAUGCAGAGGGUUCUGUGGAUGAUGUGGAGCAGCUCGGUAAAGCCUCAGGUAGAGGAGAGGAGAGGAGAGGAAAGAGAGGAUGCUGGCAGCUUCAGGGGCAUUGCUGGAAUUACAGCUUCAGGAGUAUUUGCCACAAGCAAUUGUCUGCAGUUGAAGGUGAAACUCAGGUUUCGCUUUGGACUGGAUGGAAGGGAACCCAAACAACAGAUUGUGAGGAAAAAAGAGGAGAGGAGAGGAGAGGAAAGAGAGGAUGCUGACUAGAAGAGAGCCUGCGCAGUGCUGUGCUGGUGCAAAAGACCAAUUUGGGGUCUUUACGUUCAAAGCAGGCGUAUGCUUGGAAAGAGGUGUGGAGCUGCAGAGGGAUGGAAAGAGACCAGCCAAGGUUGAGAGAGAGAGAGAGAGAGGAGGAUCUGCGGACUGUAGUAAAAGGAUAUAGCCCAAGGAUGGAGCAAAACCCAUCUAGUGGGGAAGAGGCGUUGCUGAGUAGAUGCAAGGAAACCCAUACAACAGAUUGUCAGGAACGGAGAGAGGAUAAGACAGGGAGGUCGCUGGGUAGACCGGAGCUCGCCUCUGUCUGCCGCACUGCUGCGCAGACCAUUCUGCGGUCCGUACGUUCAAAGCAGAAGGAGUGGUGGAGCACCAGAGGGAUAGAAAGAGACCGGAGAGGAGAGAGAGAGGAGGAUCUUGAGAUGGGAAGGAUGUAGCCCAAGGAGGGAGGAGCAAAACAGAGUGGAGAAGGGGAGUCGGUGACUACAUGGGAGGAAGUCAAACACAAACAACAGAUUGUGAUACGAGAGAGAGAGAGAGAGAGAGAGAGAGAGAGAGAGAGAGAGAGAGAGAGAGAGAGAGAGAGAGAGAGAGGAUCUUGGGAUGGGAAGGAUGCAGCCCAAGGAGGGACCAAAACAGAGUGGAGAAGGGGAGUUGGUGACUGGAUUCAAGGAAACUGUGAGGAAAAAGAGGAGAGGAUAGGAAAGGGAGGGGGGUGCUGUCUAGAUGAGAAGGACAGAAAUUCCAGGUUAUGAGACCAUAGCCGUUGCGGAGACUUUUUACCUCAGAAAGUUCUUCUAUUUCCCUCCUCGCUUCUCAGUAGCCGCAUAUAUAUAUACAUAUAUAUCGUCACAAAUAGAUAUAUAUAUUAUAUAUAUAACCUGGGAGAAGAGGCUUUGCAUGCUGAAAAUGUCAAUUUGCCAUGGCAAGUUGUUAGCCAAGCUUACUCUUCUUCACCUCAUCAUGUGCAUCCAUUUUAAAUGCAUCUGGUCAACUUCUUGCUGUUUUCCCCUCCUUGGCUUCCACUUGGCUGAAUUAUGUAAUUGCCAUUGUCAUCUGUGUAAUGCACUGUAGAAAAAAAAAAUAAAAAAUAAAAAAUAAAAAAUAUUUGUAAUACACUGUAGAGUCGUGUAGACGCUCGCAUUGGACAACGAGCUUGAACACACUUAUGCCUGCUAAUGCAUAGGUACACAGUACUACACACCCCUUUCGCUGCUGCUGAUGAUAUGAUUCCACCAAUUGUUGUGCCCCUGCUUAUGAACAUGGAGUACAUGUAGGAGUUGUGCCGUUGUGCAGAUGAUGAUGACCAGUUGUGCCGUUGUGCAGAUGAUGAUGACCACGCCUGGAAAGAAAACACAGAACAAAAAAUAGAAAGAAGG